CUUAACUACGUCUACGUUGCUUUCGUUUCCUCCCACGAAUUAGUACCCUGAAAAUUUGAGUGUAGUCCGGUCUGAUCAUCUUUUUCAGCAAAUUAAGGGUCCGCACCCACAGAAAGGCAGCUGUGGGUUGGACCCGACCCGACCAGAGACCGUUCCCCAUUCAAAGCCAAAAAACAAGAAGUUACAAGAAUAAAAAGGAAAUAAAUUUUGCAGGACAUAAUUAGCAAGAUGGAAGGGACCAAAGUAAAUUGGUUGCCCAUCUUGUUUUUUGUAGUUGCUUCGAUUCUUCCCGUCCUUAGAGCUAAUAUUGCAGAGUACGAUGAGGUAUGGCGGAGGCGAGCGGCCGAGGCCUAUAACCGGACCCUGCAGGCAUACGAGCCGGACCCUCUUAAAGUAGUCAUGCACUUCAACGAGAAUGUUCAUAGGCACAUUAAGGAAUCAGGAGGAGUAGAUAUGAUGAUGUUGAACAGCACGAGGAGGCGGCUAGGAAAGAAAUACCGCGGUCCAUGCAAGGUCACCAAUCCCAUCGACGCUUGCUGGAGAUGCGACCCCAACUGGCACUUGAACAGGUUUAAGCUCGCGGAUUGCAGCUUGGGGUUCGGCAGAAAGGCCACUGGCGGUAAGGGCGGUCGAAUCUACGUUGUGACUGACCCUUCCGAUGAUGACAUUUUGACCCCCAAGCCUGGAACCCUACGCCAUGCUGUGAUCCAGGAGGAACCUUUGUGGAUCACGUUCAAGCGCAGCAUGGUCAUCACUCUAGCUCAAGAAUUGAUCAUGACAAGUGACAAGACCAUUGACGGACGUGGCGUCAAAGUCCAGAUUGCUCAUGGCGCAGGCAUCACUGUUCAGUAUGUGAGGAAUAUAAUCAUCCACAACAUCAAAAUUCACAACAUUGUGGAGAAGAAGGGUGGCAUUAUUCGGGACUCCACCACCCACAGUGGCCUCCGAACUCAAAGUGAUGGCGACGGAAUCUCAAUCUUUGGGGCCCAGGAUAUCUGGAUCGAUCACGUCUCUAUGACAAGAUGCGACGACGGGCUUAUCGACGCUAUCCAAGGGUCCACUGCCAUCACCAUCUCCAAUGGUCACUUCACUGACCACGACCACGCCAUGCUUUUCGGUGCCAACGACAAGUACCCUGGCGAUGAGAAAAUGCAAAUCACGGUUGCUUUCAACCACUUUGGGAAGAGAAUGGUGCAGAGGAUGCCAAGGUGCCGAUACGGCUUCUUCCACGUCGUGAACAAUGACUACACUCAUUGGAAGAUGUACGCCAUCGGUGGAAGCAGUCACCCCACCAUCAUCAGCCAGGGCAACAGAUACAUUGCUGAUCACCCUUACGCCAAGCAGGUGACGAAGAGAGAGUGUCCGGAAUCAGAGUGGAGGCAUUGGACAUGGGUGACAGACGGUGAUAUUUUCCUGAAUGGAGCAUACUUCCGCGCAUCUGGAGAUCAGGAUUGGCAUCACAAACACCCUGAAAAGAGCGAUGGCAUCAAGCCUGGACCAGCCACCCUCGUCGCACAAAUGACCCAGUUUGCGGGUAGACUUGAUUGCAAGAAGAAGUAUGCUUGUUAGACAGAUCUACGUAUGCCUGAUUUUUACUACUUCCACCUUAUCAAUACCAAUGGCUGCCGGCGACGACUCAUCAAGAAACGGAGUAACUACUGCAAGAAUGAAAUUACACCGUACGAAUCUUCUAUCACACUUUCAUGUCAUAUAUUGGUGUCACACCCACGCCUUCCUUUUCAAAUCAAAAAAUAGAAUUAAAUUAGGUAAUAAUUUGAAAAUGAGCCUCCAUAUAAAAUACACGCGUGGGUGUAAUGUCAAUAUAUAGCAGAACCGUGUUAUAGAAAAUCCAGAUUGAUGGAAGCAACUUCGAGAAGGAGAUAGACACAUGACAUAAAAGUUGAUAUUUCCUUUGGGGGUUUAUGUUUAAGUUAGAUAGAAUUCAAUAUAGAUUUUGUUAUUUUUCAGUUAGCUUCUACUUGUGUAUAUCAUAAUUCUAUUUCGUUUGAUUUAUUUGUUUUUGUAUGCAAUAGUGAAGUACCAGCUAGGUACGUGCAUUUCAAGAAUAUUAACGUGUGUUUUUUUUAA